AUGCUUAAAGUCAAUCAGGAAAAAACUGAAUUUAUUAUUGUCAGUUCCAAGAACCCUAAAGUUGACACCAGUGACAUGCAAGUACAAGUUGGAGACAGCUCUGUUAAAUCAGCUGAUACAGUGAAGAACCUUGGUGUUCACUUCGACCACAAACUGACAAUGGAGAGACAAGUCAAUGCCAUCGCCAAGUCAUGCUACUUCCAGAUCAGAAGUAUAUCAGCCAUACGCAGAUACAUCACAGAAGACUGUUGUAAGACUCUAGUACACGCUUUAGUAACAUCUAGACUGGAUUAUGGAAAUUGUCUUAUCCGUGGACUACCUGAAACUCUCACCAGUCGUCUACAGAAGGUGCAGAACUGUGCGGCUCAUUACCAAAACUGGCCGACGUGA